CCGCUGCCGACGUGGGCUGCAGGCCGCAGGCGGUUGCCGGGCGCGCGAGCGGAGCUGGCGGCGGGCAUGGGCGGCCUGCGGCUGCUGGCGGUAGCCCUCACGUGCAGCUGCUGGUGGCCGCAGGGCGGCCAGGCCAAGACCGUGCGGGGCAGCUUCAGCAGCGCCGCGGCCCGGGACGCCCAGGGCCAGAGCAUCGGCCAUUUCGAGUUCCACGGUGACCAUGCUCUUCUGUGUGUCAGAAUCAACAACAUAGCAGUAGCUGUUGGGAAAGAAGCUAAACUGUACUUGUUCCAAGCCCAGGAAUGGCUCAAGCUGCAGGAGAGCAGUCCUGGUUACACCUGCACUGAGCGGCUAUCCAGAGCUCAGCUGACAAUGACAAUGAACCAGACUGAGCACAACCUGACCGUGUCCCAGCUCCCAGCUCCCCAAACGUGGCACGUGUUUUAUGCAGACAAGUACACAUGCCAAGAGGACAUGGAGAGCGCCCAGGCAGAAGACAUCCCAUUUGAAAUGAUGUUACUAAACCCGGAUGCUGAAGGAAAUCCAUUUGAUCAUUUUAGCGCUAGAGAAUCUGGCUUACAUGAGUUCUUUUUCCUCCUAGUCCUAGUGUACUUUGUGACUGCCUGCGUCUAUGCGCAGUCCCUGUGGCAGGCCGUUAAGAAGGGAGGACCCAUGCGCACCAUCUUAAAGGUCCUGACAACUGCGCUGCUGCUCCAGGCCGCAUCAGCCUUAGCUAAUUACAUCCAUUUCUCCAGGUACUCCAAAGAUGGAAUAGGGCUACCUCUUAUGGGAAGUUUGGCAGAAGCUUUUGACAUUGCCUCCCAGAUUCAGAUGCUAUACCUGCUUCUGAGCCUGUGCAUGGGCUGGACAGUAGUCAGGAUGAAGAAGCCUCAGAGCAGGCCGCUGCAGUGGGACGCCACCCCCGCAUCCACAGGCAUCGCAGUGGUCAUAGUCAUAACGCAGAGCAUUUUGCUACUUUGGGAGCAGUUUGAGGACACCAGUCACCACAUCUCACAUUCGCACCACAGUUUGGCUGGGCUCUUGCUGAUCAUCUUAAGAGUGUGCCUCGCACUGUCGCUGGGCUGUGGACUCUACCAGAUCAUCAGCGUGGAGAGGAGCACGCUCAAGAGAGACUUCUACAUCACAUUUGCCAAAGGCUGCAUCUUGUGGUUCUUAUGCCAGCCAGUGCUCGCCUGCAUCGCUGUUGUUCUUAAUGACUACCAAAGAGAUAAAGUGAUUACAAUAGGCGUCAUCCUCUGCCAGUCCGUCUCCAUGGUUAUUCUGUACAGACUCUUCCUGUCCCAUAGCCUGUACUGGGAAGUUUCUUCCCUCUCCUCAGUAACACUACCACUGACCAUCUCAUCUGGACACAAAAGUCGCCCUCAUUUCUGAUACUUGAUUUUUGUUGAAAGAAGAAGUGAAUUGCAUAAGUGCAAUAAGGAUCCAAAUGCAAUGACUUCUUUUCAUGCCUUUGCUAUGAAAGACUGAACAGCGAAAGCAGAGCAUGUUCUUUACAUAACUGCAUUUCAGCAGUGCCAGAGCUCAGAAAGGUAAGAAAUGUUCUGGAGUGUACUCAAACAAUAAACUUUGAAAAAAGAA